AUGCCUUCAGUCAAUGCCCCCUCCACAAACUCCACCGGUGACAACCAAGUCCAACCCGACAAAGACAAGGAUGUAUGGGUCGAAGAUUCUCCUGCAGAUGACCCUUCUAAUCCUAUGAGCAUUUAUUUCUCGUAUGAUCCUGAGUUUCGGAAGAAAGUUGAGACCCAAUUGCGACGAAAAAUCGAUACUCGUAUCCUUCCUCUGAUCGUCUUGAUCUAUCUCUUGAACUACUUGGAUCGCAACUCUAUCACCCAAGCCCGUCUUUAUGGUCUUCAAGAAGAUACUGGGGUUAAGGGUGCCGAAUACCAGACUGCCAUCUCAAUCUUCUCGGCCGGGUAUAUCCUGAUGCAGAUUCCUUCCACGUUGCUUAUGACAAGAUUUCGCCCUUCUAUCUUUUUGCCAACAUGCAUCAUUCUUUGGGCCAUUGUGAGUGGAUGUACGUCCGCCGUUCACAACACACCAGGACUGUUGAUUUUGAGAUUUUGCCUUGGUUUUGUCGAAGCCCCUUUCUUUCCCGGAGCAGUAUACUAUCUCAGCUGUUGGUAUACAAAACGGGAGAUCGGCGUGCGGAUGGCUCUUCUCAUUUGUGGUAUUCUACUCUCAAAUGCAUUCGCCGGUUUGAUUUCCGCUGGAAUACUGUCUGGCAUGGGUGGAGUUGGCAAUCUUGCUGCAUGGAGAUGGCUCUUUAUUCUUGAAGGCCUGGCAACGGUCAUUGUUGGAGUGAUUGCUUUAUUUAUUCUUCCAGACUUUCCUGGCACGACCAAGUGGCUGAAUGAGUCUGAAAAAGUGGUUGCUCAAUGUCGACUUGCAGUCGAUGCUGGAAGCGACACUGUUCUUGAUGCUGAGAAAGUUCCGAUAUCUCGUGGUCUAUCCUGGGCUGCAAAGGACAUCCGCACAUGGCUAUUUGCUUGUCUACAAAUGUGUACCACGGCUUCCAUUUCAUACUCUCACUUCUUUCCCACCCUGAUCAAGGAGCUUGGGUUCAAGAAUAACACCACUGUUCUACUCCUCACCUCGCCGCCCUACAUUUUCGCCUUCUUCUGGGCCAUGGGAUGGGCCUGGACGGCAGAUAAAUAUCAAAUCAGAUCUAUUCCCGCUGGUCUGUCGCAGUGUCUAGCGAUUGUCGGUACAGUUUUUUUGAUCGCCAUCACUAGCUCACUGUGGGCUCGCUAUGCCUUGACAAUUCUUGUUUGCUGCGGUACAUUCGGUGUUUACUCCACUACCUACGCCUGGCUUUCUUCCACGAUCACACAGCCUCCUAUUAAGCGAGCCGUCGCGAUUGGGCUUGCUAAUACUUGCGCCAACAUUGCUUCCCUGUUCGCCAACUACUUCUGGCUGGAUCAGUAUGAGCCAAUGUAUAGACAAUCUUGGGGAUGUCUUUUGGCAUUCCAGGUACUUGGGCUGUCUUGUAUACUGACCCUCCGUGUGUUGCUUCGCCAUGCCAAUAAGAAGUUGGAUCAAUUGGCUGUUGAAGCCGAGACUAAUGACACUUUGUUCAUGGGGCGUUUGGAUGAGGAUUCAAGAAAUGCGAUUCAGAAUAACUUCCGAUAUCUUGUUUAG